AGCUGACUGAUAGACAGCAACAGCCAAACAGAUACAAAGCCAGAGUUGAAUGGAGAUAAUUCAGCAAACUGUUUAAGGAAAAAAAAGAAAAAUCAAGAAGCUAAAAUAUGGAGGCUGAGAAAUUAGCAACAACUCGUGGUUGUUGCCCUAAUCCUUUGCUUAUACUGCUUGAGCAUCAGAACCAACAGCCUAUUUCAAAGAUCAAAAGCACAACUUCAGCUUGUCGACAUAGCUUUGCAGCCACGACAACUUCCUCUUUCUUCCCAAAUACACAUUUCACUAACCAUGAAUCCCUUCCUUCAUAUCAAGAAUCAUUUGCUCAGUUCAUUAAAACAUAUCCGAAAUACUCGGAGACUCGACAAGUCGACAAAAUUCGGAAUCAAGAAUACUAUCAUCUGUCAGUCUCCAACCAUGUGUGCCUGGAUUACAUUGGCAUUGGUCUCUUCUCUUAUUUACAGGUUCAUGAAUGUUGUAAUUAUCCUUUCUUUGACAUAUCUUGCAAGUCUGUUAAUCUUAAAUCUGAGUUACUACAUGGUGGUCAUGGAUCAAAAUUAGAAUCCAGUAUCAAGAAAAAAAUCUUGAAUUUUCUUAACAUAUCUCCAAAUGAAUAUUCCAUGGUUUUUACUGUUAAUAGAUCAUCAGCUUUCAAGCUUAUAGCAGAAUCUUACCCUUUCAAAACGAGUCGAAAGCUUCUUACAGUUUAUGACCAUGAGAGUGAAGCAUUGGAGACCAUGGUCAAUACAUCAGAGAAAAGAGGGGCCAAUAUAAUGUCAGCAGAAUUCAAGUGGCCACGGCUAAGAAUAAACUCUGAGAAACUCAGGAAACUUAUUAUAAGGAAAAAGAAGAAAAAGAAAUCAAGGGGACUGUUUGUAUUUCCUCUCCAGUCAAGAUUGACUGGAGCCAGUUACUCUUAUCAGUGGAUGAGCUUGGCGCAGGAAAAUGGUUGGCAUCUAUUGCUUGAUGCUUGUGCAUUGGGACCUAAGGAUAUGGAUAGCUUUGGACUUUCUCUCAUCCAUCCUGAUUUCCUUAUUUGCUCUUUCUACAAGGUUUUCGGUGAAAAUCCUACAGGGUUCGGAUGCCUAAUCGUCAAGAAAUCGGUUGUAUCGAUGUUGGAAGCUUCUGUUAGUACAGGCAUUGUAAGUCUUGUUCCACCAACUUCACUAGAUUCAUCAGGUAGUGGCACGGAGCUUGAACAAAAAGCCAACUUUGUUACAAAACUGGAUGAGCUGCAUAUAGCUGGCUCUUAUUCAGCUCACAAGGAAAAGAGCAUAGAGGAAUCAGGUCAAUCUAGUAUUGCACAAGGCAGUAACACUAAGCUGGAAGAAAAGGGAAACACAGAGAUUCAAUGCCGAUGCUUGGAUCAUGUGGAUUCACUGGGAUUGAUGCAAAUUGGUAACAGAAGAAGGUAUCUAGUGAAUUGGCUUAUUAGUGCACUCCUCAAACUCAAGCAUCCAAAUAGGUUGGAUCAUUUUCCUCUGGUCAAAAUUUAUGGACCAAAGAUAAAAUUUGACAGGGGAACAGCUAUGGCGUUUAAUCUGUUCGACUGGAAAGGAGAAAGGGUGGAACCAAUUCUCAUACAGAAGCUUGCGGAUCGGAACAAUAUUUCUCUCAGCCAUGGGUUUCUGUCACACAUGUGGUUUCCAGACAAGUAUGAGGAAGAGAAGCAGAGGACUAUAGAAAGUAAAAAGGGUGAAGAAAAAGAUGAAGAGAGCAAAAAGUCUAAAAGAACUGAACUUGGCAUAUCAGUAGUAACCAUUGCCCUUAGCUUUCUGGCCAACUUUGAAGAUGUUUACCGGCUUUGGACAUUCAUAGCUCAGUUUCUUGAUGCAGACUUUGUGGAGAAAGAACGGUGGAGAUACAGCUCGCUGUAUCAGAAAACUAUUGAAGUUUAAUGCAGCAGUUUUUGUCUGCAAUUGGAAAGACUUUGAAGUGUGAAACUUGUUUUGUCGAUGUAACAAGGAAACAAAUGCUGGAUCUUUGUCCAGAAACUGAAUGAGAGUCCAAACAUUUGGAAAGAAAGGCA